GAAAAAUGUGAACUGCAUAACCCUCUGAUUGACUGAUCUCCCACCUCCUUCUCCCCUUCUCCCUCUUGCAGCCCGUCUGACUGCAGCACUCUUGAAUAAUAUCCCCCUCUCCUCCUCCUCCAUUCCUCUUCUCUCCCUCUCUCUUCUCUAUUUAAAAUGCCGCUCACAGGCGCGUUCCCGUGCCCGAUUUUAAGCACACACGCACCCUCUGUCGCUCCCUUUCCUACAUCUCUCCAAUCGGACCUCGGGGACGCGCUCGGGUCGCGUCGCGCAAGUCAAGUCCAAUGCGACGAUUUGGCAGGUAAAGCGCUUUUUUACCACCGGCAAACACACAUACAUUCCCCUCCCUUCUUUUUAUCCGCUUUUCAUCUCCAUCCCCUCGGAGGUUUCAAAGACGGAAUAAAAUAAAACAGGUGAGCCUCUCUGUCCCGGAAUGGUGAUUAAAAACACAGAAUAAUUAAAAGCCAAUAAUGUUCAAACAGAGUAAAAUCGGAUCUGUUUCAAGGUCUGGAGUGUUUUAUUUUCCUUUUUUGGUCUGUGUGAACACCCCCCCCCCCCCCCCUCUCUCUCUCUUUCUCUUCUCUCAACUCCCUCCCUCCCUCCUUCCUCUCCCUCCCCACUCUCUCUACAUCUCUGCAUUCGCCUCUUUUAGUCGUGUGGGAAGCUCAGUGAAUGCGGCUGCAGAAGGAGCCAGCAUACUUAUGCGUCUGACACGGAUACUGCUCUGUCUUUACAAGAGGGAAAACAACCCAUCUUCACCUCCUCAAACUCUCUCCUUUUUUCUCCAGUUGGAUAUUUUUUUGGCUUUAGAAAAAUCCACGUUUCCUCUCUCCAAGUUUAUCCUGAUUGCAUCUUUUGUGGACCGAUGGGAGCAGGAGAAAGCGCGGAGUUUCAAGCGGCACCUUACUUGCACCGCAGCGGACUAAAGGCUGAAUAACUGCAUUAUUCAUUUUUACGCACCGGUUUCUAUUUUCCUGACUUGUCUCUGUCACCUAUCAGUGUACUUUUCCGAUUUAUGGUGAUCCAGGAAAGAGGCUUCAUAUCACCAAAGCCCUUCUUUUUCAUCUGUAUUUUAAUAACUCCGUUGGAUGGACACUGAAUUAGACAUCUAUGCUUCGUUUAGAUGCACUGACUGCUUAAAAAUAACUGUUCUGGGACUGAAUUCUUGCCUCCUCGAUGGAAAAAAACUGAAUGCAUAACCUGAUGGGAGCUUUUUGGCUGCUGCCGCCAUCUGAAGCAUUAUCCCGGUGCGCAACUUCGCCCGAAACAAACCAGCAUUUAUUCAUUGGAUGGUUGGGGGUUGCUGAGCCGAGCUGAAGCCAGACGCACAGUGUUGGCCAUCCUCUCUCCCCCUCCUCCUUUUUUAUGCUCUCCUCUGCUCAGAGUCUUUCUCUAGAGUGCAGCCACAACAACGCCAAAAAAAAAAAUGACGGACUUCUUUCACCGCAUCACUGACCACCUUGCGCCUGUUUUCACGCCUUGGAGUCGCCGGGCGCGCAGUCAAGAUCUCUAAAAGCUGUCUGCCUCUCCCUUUCUCUCUCUCUCUCUCUCGAUCUCUCUCUCUCUCUCUCUCUCUCUUUCAAGUAUCUUUCUCCUACAACCAAAUGAAUGAUCUCCCAUGGAGGUAGUACAACCACCUUGGGGACCGAACGACCAGAGGGGUGAUUUUUCCAAGCAAGAGGAGCCCGUCAGUAAAAGACGCAUCGGGUGAAAUCGGAGCUCCCCCCCUCCCCUCCCACCCACCCCUCUCCUUUCUCUCCAUCUCCACUGCACCCCCCUUCCGGUUUGCCUGGCUCAGGCUGAUAUACAGUAGCCUGCGUGAAGAUAUAGGGGCUGGAGGAACCUUGUUGCGCCCCUCUAACUGUCUACGUUUGACUUCAGCUGGGAGGACUGUUUGCACACGUCUCCAUCCAUGUCUCACCAACGCUGCCCCGCGUCUCCGGAGGGAGCCGCAUUCAUCACACCCUCAGCUUUGGGUAAGUCUUAAUUAAUUUAGGUUCUGUCAUUCAUCGUUUUCUUUUUAAAAUGCCAGUUGAUGAUUCUUUUAAAAAAUCUAGAUUUAAGGAACGCCUCUUUGUUCAUGUAUUUAGUGUGUUUUACAAAAAAAAAAAAAAAGGUUUUGUGUUAAAAAGCCCGCAGCUCAAACCCUUCCAAUAUGUCAGAGGUGGGCUCAGUCCCAAGUCUUCUUCUCCUUCCCCUUGUUCUCACAGUUGCUUUUUCUAAAUAACCUGAGUGUGCAGCUCAGCCUUGAUGCAGCUCCGAGCUUCAACUGAAAAAAAAAGAGAGCUGGAGCUGUUCGAUUAUGUUAAAUAUGCAGAAAUGGGAACAACAGAGUUGCUCCACUGUCUCAGACAUUUUCUAACAUGAGGCUUCGUGCAUGCUCAGAUGUCAGAAGAAGAUGCAGAGAUGUGCAGCCGUUUGGGUUUUUUUUUUUUUUUUUUUUUUGGACAGACAGUACUUUUAAUCAUGAAAUCUGCGUUAAUUAUUUGUGUUCGCUAAAUGAGGAGAUUUAGUCACUGUUUUUAUGUCAGAGUGGUACACACAGACUCUAUUGAAAUGAUGACUGAUAAGUAAUGUGCAUAAAAGCAGGGAAAUAUCACAAUUCUUACAUCUACAGCUAAGGUGAGGAAUAAUACUCCUCUGGGUUUUAGUAAUUUAUUAUAAGUCAGAAUCAGAUGUUAGAUUUAGAGUGAAAUCAAUAUUGAAGACACAUUUUGAUGUUUUGUUUUCUGUGUGUGUGCGUGUGUGUCUUUGUGUUUCUGUGUCUGGGUUUGUUUGCACAUGUGUCUGCCUGUGUGUGUGUGAAUGUUUGUGCAUGCAACUUUUUUCUCUCCAAAGGUUACUAAAUGGUUUUCUGGGGGAGGAUUUCUAAACGGCGAGAUGCUGCUCGUAUUCCUGCUGGCAGCCUUUUCCUCUUCCAUCUUGGGCUCCCUCUCCUCCUCCCUCUCCUCCCCCUCCAUGUCGGACGGACCCCAGAUGGUAGACCCGUCAGCUUCAGACUUGAUGGCCGAGACCUGCAGCGCCUGCUCCUGCAUGUCUGUGGAAAACGUGCUGUAUGUCAACUGUGAGAAGAUCACCGUCUAUCGGCCCACGCAGCUCAUCCCGCCGGCCUCAUCGCUCUACCACCUGAACUUUCAGAACAACUUCUUAAUAAUCCUCUACCCUAACUCGUUCCUCAACUUCACCCACGCUGUGUCAUUGCAGCUAGGAAACAAUAAACUGCAGAACAUCGAAGGUGGAGCGUUCAUGGGGAUGAGUGCUCUGAAACAGCUGCACCUGAACAAUAAUGAGCUGAAGGUGCUGCGAGCAGACACUUUCCUGGGGAUAGAAAACUUGGAAUAUCUCCAGGCUGACUACAACUUGAUCAAAUACAUUGAAAAGGGAGCAUUUAACAAACUGCACAAACUGAAAGUGCUUAUCCUGAACGAUAACCUCAUACAGGCUCUCCCUGACAACAUAUUUCGCUUUGCUUCUCUCACACACCUGGACAUAAGGGGGAACAGGAUCCAGAAGCUGCCCUAUUUGGGAGUUCUGGAGCAUAUUGGGCGCAUCGUAGAGUUGCAGCUGGACGACAACCCCUGGAACUGUACCUGUGAUUUAGCGCCUCUGAAGGCAUGGCUUGAAAACAUGCCGUAUAACAUUUUUAUUGGUGAGGCUAUAUGUGAAACCCCAAGUGACUUGUACGGGAGACUCCUAAAAGAAACCAACAAACAGGAGCUUUGUCCAAUGGGAACAGGGAGUGACUUUGACGUACGGAUGCCACCCGUAUUGCCUGAUAACGGACAGUCACCCUCCAAAACGUCCCCCACCACUGUGGCUCCUUUAGCCACAAAAGCGCCAAAAACCACUGACUCAUCAAAGAUUUAUGGUAACGGUAUCGUGGCUGGUCUGCCCCCCUUUGGAAGAAAUAGUCAGAUUGUUUCUUUUCAGACACGGACCCCUCCGUUGUUGUGCCCACAGCCCUGCAGCUGUAAAGCCCACCCCUCUGACUUUGGCAUUAGUGUCAGUUGUCAAGAGAGGAACAUCAAAAAUUUAGCUGAUCUAAUUCCCAAACCUCCAAAUGCCAAGAAACUUCACCUGAGUGGGAAUUACAUCCGUGACAUUAGCCCGACUGAUUUCCAAGGGUUCGAGGGUUUAGAUUUGCUGCAUCUUGGGAGCAAUCAAAUCGUAACAGUCCAGAAAGGCGUGUUUUCCAACCUCACUAACCUGAGGAGACUGUAUUUGAACGGAAACCAGCUGGAGCAGCUUCACCCAGAGAUGUUUUUGGGCCUCACAAAUCUGCAGUACCUAUAUUUGGAAUACAAUGCCAUCAAAGAAAUCCUUGCGGGCACAUUUGACUCCAUGCCAAACCUUCAACUUCUGUAUCUCAACAACAAUGUUCUGCGGAGUCUCCCUGCCUAUGUGUUUGCUGGUGUCUCCUUAGCAAGACUGAAUCUGAAAAACAAUCACUUCAUGACCCUGCCGGUGAGCGGUGUCCUGGACCAGCUGCGGUCAUUGACCCAAAUAGACCUGGAAGGGAACCCGUGGGAGUGUUCCUGCGAUCUUGUUGCCCUCAAACUCUGGCUAGAGAAGUUAAGUGAUGGAGUGGCUGCCAAAGAGGUGAAAUGUGCAUCCCCUGUGCAGUUCUCCAACAUCGAGCUGCGCCACUUGAAAAAUGAGAUCCUGUGUCCCAAACUGGUUGCAAGACCGCCAUUUGUUCAGACUAGCCCCACCCCUGUGUUAACCUCAGUGUCACCUGCUGGAGUUGGGAAAGCACCACCAGGAGGGCCUGUGCCUCUUUCUAUCAUGAUCCUCAGCAUUCUUGUCGUGCUCAUCCUCACUGUGUUUGUGGCCUUUUGCCUUCUAGUCUUUGUCUUGAGGAGGAAUAAAAAACCAGUGGGCAGGCAAGAGGGGCUGGGCAAUCAGGAGUGCGGCUCCAUGUCUCUGCAGCUCCGCAGACACGGACACAAAUCUGGCAAAAAAAGCUCCAUCCCAGGAGACGACCUGGGAGGUGAGACGUUCAUUCCCCAGACCAUUGAGCACAUUGGUAAGAGCCACACCUGUGGGAUCGGCCGCUCCUCAGACAUGGACGCUGGGUUCAAGUUUGCAGACUCACAGAGGCAGAAGAUUAUCCUCCGGAACAGCGCUGACAAGGAUAAAGACUCGCUUUCCACCCUGGAGCGCAACAAGCGUCUCAGCACCAUCGAUGAACUGGAGGAGUUCCUUCCUCAUCGGGAGCCCAGCAUGUUCAUCCAGAACUUCCUGGACAGCAAAAGAGAUUUCAACAGUAUAGGGAUGGGUGGAUAUGAGAUCCGCUACCCGGAGAAAACUCUGGAUAAAAAGAUGAAGAAGUCAUCGCUGAUAGGUGGGAACCACAGUAAGAUCGUGGUGGAGCAGAGAAAAAGUGAGUAUUAUGAGCUCAAAGCAAAGCUCCAAGGAACACCUGAUUACCUGCAGGUGCUUGAGGAGCAGACUGCACUCAGUAAAAUGUAGGGAUCCUUGUGUUCGAUUAGUGCAUUGAUUUCACCGCACAUACGCAAGGAAGCCAGACACACUUACAGGCAGACAAACAGACACACUCAUCCACCACCUUUCCUUUCUUUCUUUUCCUUUCUUUUUAUUCUGGCCACCAUUCUGCACUCUCUUGCUUUUCUGUCUUCAUCUCUCUCUGCAGCUACACACACACACACACACACACACACACACACACACACACACACACACACACACACACACACACACACACACGCACACACACACACACACACACACACACACACUCCCACACACUGCAAAAAAAGUGCCUUCUGGAAACCCUUAAUGACCAAUGCAGAGAUGGACAAAAUGGCUCCACAGAACAAAUGCUAUAACUAGAAUCAGCGUGGAUCUAUUUCACAGUAAAAGACCCUUUUGGAUUAUUCAUGCCACACGUAUGAAUCCCACAUACAUACCAUAGGGCACCCUAAAAAGCAACCAGACAGUCACAGUGUUUCCGCUGCUAUUGAAAUUGGUACUUAUCCUCUUAUUUUUCCUUGUUCUUGUUGUUCUUUUUUUUUUUUUGUUUAUGUUCAACCAAAUCAAGGGUCUUGAAGACUGUGCUUGAGAGUUUACCCGCCCAUCUUCAGCCCCCUUUUAGAAAAAGAGAAAAAAAGGAAAAAGGAGGGCACAUUUGUUGGUUGUUCUUUUGCUUUGGAAAGUGUCCAGAAUCACUACAUCUGGGAUGAGCUGGUGACUCAAUGGAUGCUACUUUGCUUUCUUUUUGGUUCAAACAUGCGAGGAUACCUGUUUGUUCUUUGGGAUGUGUUCAGGAUUCCAUUGCAGACUCUUUGCCAUCUUGUCUGGAUUACACACCAGUAGCAGUGCACCUGCUCUUUGCUGGGAGGCCCUUGCUUCCCAUUCAUGGUAAUCAGAGGCACUGCAAACUCUUUUUGUGGAAUGAUUUCAUGACUUGUUCUCUUUGUGUAAAGAGCCAUGUUAAAUAUAGUGUCUUCUGAAUGGAGUUGUGUUCCUCUUCAAAAUUGCUACUUACAGUAACUGUAUGUUUUGGGUGAAAUCUUAACGGCACAUACUUGGUCAGAGGACAUUGUUUCUGAAAAAUGAAAAACCCAAGGAUAUCAAAAUUUACAAAGCUGCUUGCUAUGUAAGCGUAACAUGGAGUAUAUUUUGUAAGUCUUACAUUAUUUGUAUCUGUGGGACUGGUUUGUAAAUUACAAGGAAGGACAAACACCUCCUCACACACACACACACACACACACACACACACGUAUACACAUAAAUACUGUACGACGGAGCAUCAUCAUCAAGAGACUACAAGCCAGAAAUGUCACACAAACCGCUAAUAGAAAUGGAUCGGUGAUUCAACUCCCUUUGUCAGCUCUCAAUUCGUAGUAAAAAAUUUAACAAACAUAGUUAAUUUAUUUUUCUAUGCAGGAUUAUUUAAAGAAUUAUUGGUAUUAUUUAAAAGGAAUAAUACACAAAGAGUGGAAAGGACUUGAAAGAACAACGCAUCAGAACUUAUUCAGGUGCCCAGCUGUGACUGCUGAGUCCAUUUAAGGGUUUUUUGUUUCUCUCAGUUUCCUGAAGAACUCGACCCGCAGGACGAGGGUUGUGAAAUGUGAUCUGUGAUGUUUUCUUUUUAUUGUGUCGCACGACAAAGUUGAGGCCUGAUAGAGUCUGUGAAGUUUCAAGCAGUUUCCUUAUUCUUAUAUCUCCCACAGUAUCUUGUAAAAGGUUUCUUAUUAACAUUAUGCAACCAAAAUAAAUGUGCAUUAAACUUGAUAUGGUUCCAGCAUUGUUGGGACGGGGGAGGAGGUGUUUGCGGGGCGAGACAGGCUUGCUAAUUGAAGCUCUAAAUUGUGAGACCUGGGCAGAAUCAUAUCAUAAAACAUCACGUGCAAUAUUAGUAGAAAUGCUCAGUCAUGAUGGCUUCAAAUAAUUUUAUUUAAUUUAUUUAGUUUGAGGUUAUAUUGUCAAGGCAGGUACUAUUUGGAAAUUCUUUUAUCAACCUAACUCUAUCUGGUCCUUUUUUAAAAGGUAUUGUUACGUUCAAACUAUGAGUGUUUAUUGACAUUACAAAUGAAUAGAAUGUAUCUUGGAAAGUAUAAUAAAUACAAUUUUUUAUCGGUCAUAAAUCUCCUGUAUAUUGGUUAAUUUUCUCUUGUAUAAUCAUGUUAAAAUUAAGGUAUUAAAAUCAGCACCUAUUUGCACUGUGUCCCCCCCUUUCUUUUGGUAAAUGUCCUCUCAGCAUUUGAAGGAGGCUCUAAAGGGAAAAAAAGGCAAUUGCUACUUUGAAAUCACCCAUCUCUUUGUGCCCUGCUUUAAGUUUUUUACUAAAGAAGUUGGGUUGUUAGAGAGAGAUGUUUUGGACAGUCUCCAGCUCAAGUGACUGAAUGUUGUUCUUGUUUUGUUCAUGUACAAACACUGGCUGCCCUUCAAGCAUUAUGUGUGUUUGCUUAGCUGUUUAGUUUGAGGAAAGUGGCCAUGCAAACUGCUGCUGGUUUCACUUAAGACCAUGAAACCCCCUUUUCUUUUGGCCUUGUCACAGAGUAACAGAGCCACCAACACUCCUAAAAGUUCUUUACUGAGCCAAAAUGCUAAAUCAGGCAACACUUUGAGAUGUCAACAGAUAUAGACUAAAUUUUCACUAAGAUUCCUGUCCACACUCAUGGGAAGAAAUGGUUAAAAACUCUGAUGUAGGCAUGUCAGGCAAGUAGGUGACAAUAAAGUGCAAUCAUCACUAGAAGACUGUGUGUAUGUGGAUUGAAUGUCUCCUAGAGCAGGCAGCAAUCGCAUAUUGAGUGUGGU